AUCAACGGAAAGAAGCAGAAAGAUGCAUCACUUUGGCAAAGAAUUGAUUAUUUCUCCGGAGCACCGACAUGUACCAUAGGAAACUUGCCUGAUGGUUGGCUCAACAGAACUUUUCAGUUAUACGGAUCGGUGAUGGAUCUGUAUUUUCUAAACUCUUCAGUGACUGAUGAUAAUGUCGACGCUCUUAGAGGUUUCCCAGUUAUAGACAAAUACACAAAUCAAGUAAAGAGUUCUAUUGUGUUGGUGAAGUGGAUGCCCCCUCUACAGGGACAGUGCCCAGUGCAUGCUUACAGCAUAUACUAUAAAAACAGCGCUAUCAAUUGGACGUCAACAUCGCCUCGAAUGCAACCAAAGAACUCAACCACGUACCAUCUUCAGCUUUUCUGUCGGACAGCAUACCAGAUUGCAAUGACAGCGUGGAAUUCAAACGGAGAGUCGUCUCUGAAGGACAGCAGGGUCUGGAAAGUAACCACUGGUGGAGACAAACCAAUUCCCCCUGUUAUCACCAACCUGGAAAUGUCUGCCUGUAUAGUCAAUCUUACAUGGACUGUGAGUGAAGAUGCUUUAUGUCCGCUCACCAAGUACACUAUUUACUACAGACACGAAAAAUCCUCUUGGAAUAAGAUUGAAAUUAAUAAAGUGUCAGUAACUAGCCAUCAGUGGUCAUUACGGUGCGACACACUGUAUGAGUUUGCAGUGUCUGCUUGGAAUGAUGUGGGUCAAAGCAACUUCUCAGCUACUUGGCGAAAAAAGACCCAAAUCGAUCCAGGUGAGACAGGUUUUAUGGGCUGGCCGAUAAUUGGUAUUAUCUUGGGAUGUAUCUCCGUGUUCCUAAUAAUUUUAGUGAUGUUCAGCUGCCACAGAAGAAAAAAGAUCAGAAGACUAAACACUGCGAGGAAAAAAAGGUCCAAGUCAGACAUCACUACUCUUCAAUAUUUGGAAGUUUGGCCUGAGCAGGUGACUUUGCUCGAAGAACUGGGCCGAGGAGCAUUUGGAAAAGUUCAUAAAGGAGUGCUAAGGGAAUCCCCAGGAGUGGAAGUUUUCUAUCACGACAUUCGAGAGAAGCGCGUGCCAUUCAAGGAGGGAAAAGUUAUUGCUGUUAAAGUUCUGAGUGCAUUGGCAAACGAACAAGAUAAAGAGCUUUUUUUGGAGGAAAUUGAUCUCAUGAAGCAGAUCGGCUGCCAUGUGAAUGUCCUUCGCAUGAUUGGUUUCUGGACCAGAUCUGAACCUUUCCUUCUGUUGUUGGAGUAUGUUCCAAAUGGAGAUUUGCUAACCUGGCUCAGGGAGAAGAGAUAUCAAAUAGACCCCGUGAAGUUCCCACAGCUUCAAAGCACUGAACGUCUGACAUCAAAUGUUUCUAAUGAAACUAAAGUAUCACAAGAAGAGCCAUCUGUUGGGAAAACCUCGAGUAACUUGGAGAAAAUACACGCAGAAGAAGAACGAUAUAAGAGUGAUCCAAAAGAAAUAACACAGAAUGAAAAAGAAAACGAUGAAAUCAGAUAUACAAAUGAUGACAAGGGAGAUGUUGAACCAAAAUAUUUGAAAGAGGAAAUUUUAGGAAAUAUAAAAGAGUUACCAAGUGAGAAAAUUGGCUUGGAACAAAAGGAGAGAGAAGAUAGUGGUUUGGAAUUGAAACCUCUCUUAAGGCAGGAGUGUCAUCAGCCUUGUGAUGCACCCAUAAAUGUAAACAGCGUGGUUGUCGACUUCCAAGAAAGCAGUUCUAAUGAUACCACUUACGAAGCAUCAGAUACGAUUGCUAAAGAUAUGCUUAGCUUUGCAUGGCAGAUAGCUCGAGGGAUGAGUUACCUAUCAGCUAUGGGAUUCAUUCAUCGAGAUUUGGCGGCUCGUAACAUUCUCGUUGGAGAAGAUAAACUUGUCAAAAUUGCUGAUUUCGGCUUGAUGCGCCACUCUGAUUUGUACAAGGUGGAAAGGCAGAAAAAGCUUCCAGUGAAAUGGAUGGCACCUGAAGCGCUAAAAGAUAGCAUCUACACCACAAGGAGCGAUGUUUGGUCCUAUGGCAUUCUUCUUUGGGAAAUAUCCACAUUAGGUGGUACACCGUAUCCAGGCAUCAAAAACAGCGAAUUAAGCAGUCUCCUCAAAACUGGAUAUCGUUUGGAAAGACCUCAGAGCUGCUCAGAGGAAUUGUUAGUCAUGAUCGCCUGGUAAUAUUGCAAGGGGUAUCGUCCAAGUUCUCAUUUCCACGCUUUUCAUCCGUGAUAAGAACGUGAAAGAAAAUCACUUGAAUGCUCAAUUUCGUUUGGUUAACUUGCACUCUCAAUCUCCAUCGGUUGGGAUGCAAAUCAUUUGUCAUGAGCCAGCAGGUACCAGUACACAAUUUGCUGAAGGAUGGAAGGAUCCAGAACAUUUCACAUUCUAUUGGCGUCUGCUGUGCCUCUCUCUGGAGCUCGUACCCGUAAGCGGAGGGGAGCGCAAAUUCCUCCGAUUCGUUUCUUACUUUAAAUCGAAGGUUUUAGCCUCAUACAAUCAUAAAUUAGCGAUAUCGUUGCCUUUUUCAGCUGAUUUUCUGUAAAAAAACUAAUAUUUUCAAUCUGAAGCUUUAGACUGUUUGUAAAAUGGACGAGUUUGCCUCUGAACUUAAAACGCGCCAGCUGUGAAGAGAGGCAAAUAUGUCGCGUUUCAUGUGGACGAUCAAUUAAAGGCCGUGCAGAGUAAAGCCAUCGGAUCCUUUACACGUCAUUGUUAGGCACAUAAAUCUCGACCUAUCUAAUAAAUUUUACUCAUUUUUUCUGUCAUAAAAGGCAUUGAUAAAAUAAAAUAUAUAUAUAAAGAUAGAAACGAUUUAGAGUAAUUCCAAAGCGUAUGCUUGAUCGAUGUUCUCAAAACUUUCUCAAAUUGGGCGUAGAACUUUGAUUCAAAGUAAAAAAGUGCUCCGUUUUCUCAACUUCACAUUAUUUAUUCAAACUCUUUCAAACCGAUUAUGAGUUGACAAGCUGCUUUGUACAAGCCAAUAUCUAUGAUUCAGCUAAUUAUAGAGACAAUAAAGGCUCCGUAUUGUCGAUUGAGGUAGAAUUCAAAUGAGGAAAUUCAAUUACAACCGAAAAUUUAGUAAAAAUUGCGGUGUCCCACCUCUGUGAUCAAUAGCUACAUUGAGUCAUUUCUUUUUCCUUGAGAACUCAAUCUCUCUGCUUAAGUGGGAUUUAGAGAACAGAUGUUCACGGUUGACCGUCGUUUUCACUUCUAUGUUGUGAAGUUUAUGGAAAGGCCAAAUUUUGUCUUUGGUCGUUUUCGUAGCCCGUUAAUUCUAUUCAUUCUCGAUUAACGUUGAUUAUUUUCCAAAGCUCUUCGGUUUAAGCGGAACAGUUACGUUUUUCAUGAAUGAAAGGAUGUUUGUCAUUAACUACCUUAGCACACUUCAUUAUGGUCUAACUGCACUUAUUACAUGGGCAGUAGAGGUUGUAUCUUUGUUCUCUACAAAGAAAAUACAUAACACAAGACCAUAAUCUCAAGGUGUACCGAUUUUCUUCGGUUGAUUAAGCUUUAGUCUGAAGUUCAUGUUCGAGUUUGACCGUGCCCAGUUGGUAACAGGUUCUGUUGUUGAUACAACUAUUUGACUAUUUCCCCUUGUGACAAAGAUCAUCCGUGAUGGACAUGGCAGAAACAGCUGCGAAAUCUCCGCCACUACACAAAGCAAAUAUUUUUUUUGUGUGUUUUCAAUCUACCUCGAAAAAACCAAUUGAAGAUUUGUUAUCCAUUGCAGCCAAGUAGCUAUGAUAGAAAUCUUUUGAUGACGAAGAAAACUCCAUGUCAUUCUUCGGUUAAAGCAAUUAAAAUAAUCCAUCAAGAAAAUGCCUCGAAGCGAGGGUGGAAAGUAAUUAAAGUUCUGAAAAAGGAAGUUCUACGUUAAAAGAUCACCCACUGAGACUAAAUAUGCUUGCAUUGUCACCGUUUGCUUUCUUUUCUGACCAAGUGCAAUAUUUUUAAAUCAGCGCUGCUUUCAUGAGCAUGUUCUCUUACAGUGAGGUUGAAUUUUAAAUUCUGUAGAUGAUAUCGGUCGUUACUUUUUUUCUUUUUUUUACCAGGUGGUACGCGAAAGUAUAUCUAGAGAAUGUGAUUGGGCCCUAACGGGCUCUCAGUGUAGUGUGACAAUCAAACCUGUAAAUCUCAGCUCUUUGUUGUAAAAACUCCAUUUCUGUUUACCAGAUAUCAACCCUUAUGGAAAGGUUAUUCAUUUUUGUCUCUGUAAGACAAAAAUUAAGGUUUUCGUUGUAGUUAUGUUGAGGUGUUCACUCACCAAAUAAACUUGGUACAAUAAAAAAUUAUUCCCCGA